AUGCUAUUUGCAACCGAUUCUUUAGUGGAUAAGCGUUACAAGGUGAGCCAGAAGGGACCUCACGAUCCCUAUUCCUUGACCAUCACAAGCUUGAGCAAAGCUGACCUUGGAGUUUACUACUGCUGUCUGUCAUCAGGCUGCUCUAAGAACAUUAACGAGGAGCAGUGUCAAAGCUUUGACAUCGAUCAAAAAAAAUGCCCCUCACUGGCUGCUGGCAUAGAGAAUGGUUAUAAACACGGCCGUGGGUCCGUGGAAGGCUCCUUGGUCUGGUUUAGCUGUGCUAAUGGUUAUUCUCUUGAAGGAAACAAAUACCUCUAUUGUGAUGAAAAUGGUCAAUGGAAUGGUACAACACCUUCUUGUCUAAAAGAUUGUCCUCAAAUGAACCGCACUCUAGAAAACGGGCACAUUGAUGGUAAUGGAUCCACAUCAGGUGCAGUGUAUAGCUUUCUUUGCGAUGAAGGGUACAGCAUAGAUGGAGAAACCUCGCUGCGCUGUGAUGAAAAGGGACUAUGGAAUGGUAGCAUUCCUGUAUGUUUAAAAGCUCGUACAGAUAAAGAGGAAAGGGAUACGAACGGCUGGUACCUUUACGUCCUAAUUGGUGCUGCAGUCCUGAUUCUGAUAAUCGCUAUUGGCCUGUUGGUAAUUUGUUGUCUACGGAAGUCAGGUAAAAAAGAUACAGCAACCGCGAAGGGUGAUGGAGAGGCAGAACUGGAAGCUAUUAUUAAACCUUAA